AUGGCGAUUCCAGACAACCUUACCAGAGAACAGUACGUUUACAUGGCGAAACUUGCCGAACAAGCUGAACGCUACGAAGAAAUGGCGAAAUACAUGGACAAACUCGUCGUCACCACCACCUCUUCCGGCAGCGAACUUACCGUCGAAGAGCGCAACCUCCUCUCCGUCGCCUACAAAAACGUCAUCGGUUCUCUUCGUGCUGCUUGGCGCAUCGUCUCCUCCAUUGAGCAGAAAGAAGAAGGUCGCAAGAACGACGACCAUGUCGCUCUUGUUAGGGAUUACCGUGGAAAAGUUGAAUCUGAGCUUUCUGAUAUCUGUGCUUGUAUUCUCAAGCUUCUUGAUUCUCAUCUCACUCCUACUGCUUCUGUUAGUGAAUCUAGAGUCUUCUACUUGAAGAUGAAGGGAGAUUAUCAUCGUUAUAUGGCUGAGUUUAAAUCUGGUGAUGAAAGGAAAACUGCUGCUGAAGAUACUAUGAAUGCUUACAAAGCUGCUCAGGAAAUUGCUCUUACAGAUUUGCCACCAACUCAUCCCAUCAGAUUGGGUCUUGCUCUCAACUUCUCAGUGUUUUACUAUGAGAUACUCAAUUCUGCUGAUAAAGCUUGUAGCAUGGCCAAACAGGCAUUUGAAGAAGCCAUAGCAGAGCUGGAUACUUUGGGUGAAGAAUCUUACAAGGACAGCACUCUUAUCAUGCAACUUCUGAGGGACAACCUCACCCUCUGGACAUCAGACCAGGAUCAAUUGGAUGAAUCAUAGAGGAUGUAAAGCGCUGGUGAAUGUGGUUAAUAGGUUGUGUUAAUUGUUUCGUUUCUUGUUUGAAGAUACUGCCGUCAACUUGUUACAUGGAUUCAAGUAUCGCUCAUGAAACUAUGUUUCAUUUGGACCUUCAUAGUUCAUAAUGCAUUUUCUGCUUUUAUCUGGUUUUUAUAAAAGUUUUGUGCUUUGAGAGGCAUACCAAGACACAGGUCCAUAUAGUUGCUGGUUGAUCUGCUUCAUAUGUUGAGAUGAGAUACAAAUCAAGCAUAGCUUGAAUCAAAUAUAGUUUUGUUUUAAAAUUUUACAGGAACAACUUUUUUCUCGAUUUUA